AUGGAUCUAUUGGCAGAUCAUGUUGGGCAACCAACAGCUUCAUGGAAAGAAAAUUUAGUAGGUUCUUCUUCUAACAUUGGUGGGGAAGAUCUAAAGGUGAAGGAGGAUUUUGAGGUGUUGGAAGGGGACAUUCAAAAAUCCAUUAUUAAUGGUAUUCAAUGUACUAUUAUACAGGAUAUGAAAAAAACUGUGAUUUUGAAGCUCCUGGGGUGUAAUAUUGGUUUCUCGAUUCUACAAAAUAGAAUCUACAGCUUAUGGAAGCCAUCGUUGACAGUCCAUCUGAUGGAUAUCGAGAAUGGUUUCUUUUUGGCCAAAUUUGUGAACAAAAUUGACUACGAAAAGGUCCUCUUAGAAGGUUACAUGUACAAGUGCAAGAUAUUAGUGGAAAUAGGGGGAUUGGUGGGCAAGGUCACAAAGUUAGAUAUGAAUACGAAUAACAAAGAGAGAGGUAGAUUUGCACGUAUGGAUGUAUAUGUUACUUUGGACAGACCACUAGUGUCCCAAGUUUUAAUCAAUGGUAAAAUACAGAGAGCCGAGUAUGAAUUUUUACUGAAGGUAGUGGUGAGCAUGAUUGUUGAAGAAACGAGUGAGAAUGGUGGAUCUUAUGGGCCUUGGAUGCAUGUUAAGGAGAGAUCACAGUGA